CGCGGUGCGGCGGGUGAUUCAAACGGCCCGUGGGAGCCAUUCCCCGCCAGCGGCAUGGCGGCGCGGCCUCCCUUACAGCUCUCGGCCAGCCGCAGGUCCGAGCCGGAGUACCAAGAACAAAGACGACAAAAAGUUGAAGAAUAUCUAUCAAGAAAAAAGACCUUUUCUGGUGUGCUCAGUCAAGAAAACCAGGCAUCAAUCAGCAGUAGCAAAACCAGGAGAGCAACUAGCAAUAAACUGCAAGCCAAAAUACAGUUCUCAAUAUCUUCAAAGCCAGAAAUGGAAGAUAAAGAGAAUUCCAAUAAACUGUCAUGGGGCCAACUAAGCAGAACCUCCAAAAAAAAUGUUAUUUUAAACUCUUCCACAAUCAGACUGACAAAUUCCAUAUCGGGGACAAACUAUAAUCCUGAAGAUUGUGCUUCCAAGGAUGAAGUUACUGAAACAAAAUCUCAGCGUGUGUCAAUUACCAAGUCUUUCUUGCAAAUAAAAAACAUUAAAAAGAAGCAGUUGAUUGGAGAUAAACAAAAUUCAAGUAUUGGCCUACCAAAGAAACCAGUGCUUGGUACGUAUCGUGGCAAAGUUAUCCAAUCCAAGAUAAACUCCUUCCGAAAAGCACCAAAAAAUGGGGGAGAAAAUAGUUCUUUGACAGGCAAGAAGAUUCUUCCUUCUGCCACCAAACCAGCACCAAGUUCCUUAUCCAUGAGCAGCUGUAGUAUAGUUCGGAAGACCAUCAAAGUCACAAACAAUCCUAAUUCUGUAAAACCAACUGGUGUCCUCCCAUUCCAGAGCAAACCAUCUGACAAAUCUGCUCUUAACUCACAGUCCUGUCUGAAGAAAUGGCAAGCAACAUCUGCUGUAGCACCAAAGAAAGUAACAGUCCAGAAAAUCAUUGGUGGAAGGGCACCACAGCCACUGAAGGCUACUCCUAACAAUUCUGACAACAGAGUACUAAGAAUGAAGAAAUGUGCGGAUUUUUAUGAAGAUGCAAGACCAGAAGCUCCAGCAAAACCAAUUUCUGUUGUUCCUGGUACAAAGUCAGGACAGGAUUCUAAAACUAAUGGCUACAGAAAAUCUGUUCUGCCAAAAGAGUCAGCAGAAGAGAGGAGAGCUCGCCUGGAUAAAUGGAGGGUAUCUAGAGGAAAAGUAAUGAGGAGACCUCCUAUAUCUGUGCUUCUGGGACCCCAGUCUAAAAAUGAAGAACACGAACUCUCUUCUGGUGAUUCUUUAGAGCAUGUAUUACAUAGUGAAAAGGUCAACAAGACUCUCUCGGAAUGUCUGCAGUUAACCGAACAGGGAUGUCAAAGUGAUGAAGUACGUGCCAUGUUGGAUGAUCUGACACAAAGCAUUCCUGAGGCUAAAAAGCUUGCAAAAUAUUGGAUCUGCUGUAUUCGUCUUGAACAGAUGGGCCCUCUUGAAAAGCUUAUUGCUGUCUAUGAGGAGGCCAUUUUGGCAGGAGCAAUGCCUAAAGAUGAACUACGCCACACACUAAUAAAUACUAUGAAAAAUACUGAAAGCCUUUUUAAGUCUGAGGAUGGGGAAACUGUGAUAGAAGCUCAUUUAAGUGAGGUAGUGGAAGUCAACAAAGAAUCAAAUUCAUCUGUAGAGAAGAUUCAGGAGGCCUUCAAGGAUCUCGGCUCUGACCAAAAAGCAGACAGUAAUGACAAGGAGGCGGAGACUAGCAGUGAAUUGAUAAAAAAAGUGGAUUUAAACCUAAAACCAAGAGAAGAGAUCUUGCUAAAAAAGAAUAAAAAGCACAAGACUAAAGUACGUACAAAAAAGAAAGGAAAAUGUGGAAGAGAAGAGCAGAAUGAGGAUGAGGUAAAAAAUACAGCCCAAGCAGUUAAUUCUCCUGAGGGGAAUGAUACAUCUUAUUUAAUGAGACACAAUCCAUUGAUGACAUCAUACUUGGAAUGUGUUAAGAUGCAUCAUGAGGCAAAUGACUCCAGUGCCCAAGACCUGAAACUUGUAACCCCUUUGCGAUACUCUCAACGCCUUCGGGAGAAGAUGUGCAAGCUGUCGGACACUGUUAAAGACCAAGAUCCAUGUGUCCUUUCAUUUGAACAGCUGGGAGAAUUGGAAUCAAAAGCCACUGCAUUUAUCCACAACCAGAGCAAUGCGCUCAAAGAAACAAGUGCUGACAUAGAAGAGUGAAAACCAACAUUAAUGAGAUGUGGUUAAAGACUGGGUUUUUUUUUUACGUUGGGUGGGUGUUUGUUUUUUAGCAACUUUGAGAGAGGAGCUACCUAAAACUUGCAUUGACUUAUUAAACUUUUGGAUUUAUAAGCUUCUGCCUUUUUUCAAAAUUGUGGUAAACCUAGUCUAUUUCAGUACUCACAAAACAUUAGUGACUUUGUUAAAUAUGAUUCCUUAAAUAUCGAAUUAAGGACUAGGUUUAACACUUCCUAAAACAGUUUGAUUGUAUAUUGCUAAUCUACUGUUUUCCUGUUGCAAUUCCUAUAGAUUCUUUAGAAUUGCAUGAUCUACCUUUUAGUUUAAGAAAUAAAAGUAACGUAGGCAUUCUAAUAGGGCCGUAUUUACUACAGCAACGAUUAGUUUUGAAGACAAAGCAUCUAGUAAGGUGUAUACCAAAUUUAAACUGUUGUAUCCAUUCUUAUGGGUUACUUCAAUGAAAUAACUUAAUAUUUUUAAUCCCUUUAGCUAUUGGAUUUAUUCAUGAUG